AUGCGUAGGCAGGAGGCUGAGGCUGUAGCGGGAGGGGGGGCUGGGGGGAGAAGCUGGAAGGGGGAGGGGGGCCUGGGAGGCUGGUGGGAGGCUGGAGGCAGCGGCGAGCGCAGCAGGCGAGGCAGGCAAAGGGAGGCUGGGAGAGGGAGCUGGAGGCGGAGGCAGAGGCUGGGAGCCAGGGAGGACAGGGAGACUGGAAAGCGGAGGUUGUACGAGUUGGAUACCGACGACAAGAGGAAAGAGUUCCUUGAUGACCUCUUCAGUUUUAUGCAGAAGAGAGGGACUCCAGUGAAUCGUAUUCCAAUCAUGGCCAAGCAGGUGUUGGAUCUGUACACGCUCUACAAGCUGGUCACAGAAAAAGGCGGCUUAGUGGAGGUCAUCAAUAAGAAAAUAUGGCGUGAGAUCACCAAAGGCCUCAACCUCCCUACCUCCAUCACCAGCGCAGCGUUCACCCUGCGAACACAGUAUAUGAAGUACCUCUACCCGUACGAAUGUGAAAAGAGAGGUCUGAGCUCCCCCGGAGAGCUCCAGGCAGCUAUCGACAGUAACCGCCGCGAGGGACGUCGUCAGAGCUACGGGUCGGCCAUCUUUAACUACUCUCCAAUGGGGACAACCUCCAUCGUCUCCUCCCCCAAGAUGAGCAUGCCUCACCUGGCCAUGUCCACCCUCAAUGGAGCACAUGUGACCCAGGGACACAACAUCAAGAAAGAGGAUGGUCUGAUGGCGGGUUGUCUGUCGGGUCGUGUGGGGGGGGUGCCCAUGUCUCUGGGAGGUCACCCCCAAGCCGUGGCAGCUCAGGCGGCUGCAGCGGUACAGGCUGCAGCGUUGGAGCAGCUGAGGGAGAAGCUGGAGAGCGGGGAGCCGCCGGAGAAGAUGGUGAUGGCCGAGGAGCAACAGAGACUCAUGCAGCACGCGGUGCAGCAGAACCUCCUCGCCAUGGCAACACAGCUUCCCAUGAACAUCAAGAUCAACAACCGAGCUGAGCGGAUGAGAGAUGAUAGACAAGAGACUCCAUUGAACCUGUCUACCAGCGGCAUUAGCAGCAUCAACAUGUCAAUAGAAAUAGAUGGAGUUGUCUACACAGGUAAAUAGAGGGGCCGUUUGCUGAUGUAAUUGCAGGCAGGAAAUUCAAUAAGUUAUAGCAGCACCCUGGCGCUUAGUCCUCCACGCAAUUUGAUGUCUUUGCUAUAAAAUCCAUCGUA